AUGUUCCGUUUACCUGUGACGCUUGCCUGUUCAAGAAUUACGAGCCAAUUAACAGUGCGAGGCUAUGCCAAGGAUGUAAAAAUGGGUCCGGAAGUUCGUGCUAUGAUGUUGCAAGGCGUCGAUGUGUUAGCCGAUGCUGUUGCCGUCACAAUGGGUCCAAAAGGACGUAACGUCAUUAUUGAACAGCCAUGGGGUUCACCCAAAAUAACCAAAGAUGGCGUCACAGUGGCUAAAUCAAUUGACUUAAAAGACAAAUACCAAAACAUUGGUGCAAAGUUGGUACAAGAUGUGGCCAAUAACACCAACGAAGAAGCGGGCGAUGGAACAACGACUGCAACUGUGCUUGCUCGUGCGAUUGCAAAGGAAGGUUUUGACAAGAUUUUCAAAGGCGCAAAUGCUCUCGAGAUACGCCGUGGUAUAAUGAUGGCCGUUGACGUCGUUAAGAAUCAUUUAAAAAGUAUGUCACGUCCAGUUAAUACUCCAGAAGAAAUCGCGCAGGUAGCUACAAUUUCAGCUAACGGUGAUCAUAAUAUUGGUAAUUUGAUAAGCCAAGCCAUGAAAAGGGUAGGCCGCGAUGGUGUUAUAACUGUUAAAGACGGCAAAACGCUUACCGAUGAACUGGAAGUGAUUGAAGGCAUGAAAUUUGAUCACGGAUAUAUAUCACCAUAUUUUAUCAACUCAUCAAAAGGUGCUAAAGUUGAAUUCCAAGAUGCGUUUGUUCUGUUCUCAGGCAAAAAAAUCUCAUCAGUUCAAAGCAUUAUACCCUGUCUGGAACUAGCCAAUCAACAUCGCAAGCCGUUAGUUAUUAUUGCCGAAGAUAUCGAUGGUGAGGCAUUGAGUACAUUGGUAGUAAACCGUUUGAAGAUUGGCUUGCAAGUGGCGGCAGUUAAAGCCCCAGGAUUCGGUGACAAACGUAUAGCUGCUCUCACUGAUAUGGCUAUAGCUACAGGCGGCAUUGUUUUCGGUGAUGAUGCCAAUCUCGUUAAAUUGGAAGACGUUAACAUUAACGAUUUGGGUAAAAUUGGCGAAGUAGUCAUUACUAAAGAUGACACUUUACUUUUGAAAGGCAAGGGCAAGAAAGAAGAUGUUCAACGUCGUAUUGAACAAAUCAAAGAUCAAAUUGCUGAAACAACUUUGGAUUUCGAAAAAGAAAAAUUGCAAGAACGUUUAGCACGUUUGGCUGCUGGCGUAGCUUUGUUGCGUGUGGGUGGUUCGAGCGAAGUGGAAGUUAAUGAAAAAAAAGAUCGUAUGAAGGAUGCUCUUAAUGCUACUCGAGCUGCAAUUGAGGAGGGAAUCGUACCAGGCGGGGGCACUGCAUUGUUACGUUGCAUAGCUAAACUAGAAGCUUUAAAAGUUAAUAACCACGACCAAAAUAUGGGAAUUGAAAUUGUUUGCCGUGCUUUACGUAUGCCUUGCAUGACUAUUGCCCAAAAUGCUGGCGUUGAUGGAGCUAUGGUUGUAGCUACGAUCGAAUCCAAAGAAGGCGAAUAUGGUUAUGAUGCUCUCAAAGGCGAAUAUUGCAAUCUAAUUGAAAAGGGUAUAAUUGAUCCUACAAAAGUGGUGCGUACAGCUCUAGUAGAUGCUUCUGGAGUAGCUUCUCUUUUGACCACCGCCGAAGCUGUAGUUACAGAAAUUCCAAAAGAAGGAGGCGACCCUGCUAACAUGAGUGGAAUGGCCGGCUUGGGAGGCAUGGGCGGCAUGAUGUAA